AUGGGCUUCGUCAGAGCAGAGGUUGUUCACCGUGCGCAGCCGCGCGCUCUCACGCACAGACUUCGUCCGCCUCAGCAGGGAGCCUCUCUCCCCGCGCAGUUUUUGUUUUCAGCUUUGGUUGUUUGGAGGAGAGUCUGGCAGGAUGGAAGCUCUCUGACCGCCUUCAGACCUCCUCACAUCUCCGCGCGCGCAUCACGGUUUCCCUUAGCAACGGCGGGCACACCUGUCGAGCUUCAGGCUCCAGUCAUGAGAAGAGAAAGAAGCUCGCGUCCUCUGUCUGUGCUGGUCUGCUUCAUCGUUCUGUGGCAAACACGGUUGAGAGCAGUCGGUAAUUCAACACAGAACUCCAAAGACAUUGCAACAUUCACCAAAAUCCUGGACAGUCUCCUAGAUGGGUAUGACAACAGACUCAGACCUGGCCUUGGAGACCGAGUGACAGAAGUAAAGACAAACGUCUAUGUGACCAGUUUUGGACCAGUGUCUGACACAGAUAUGGAAUACACAGUGGAUGUCUUCUUCCGUCAAAGCUGGUUGGACGAACGGCUGAAGUUCCAUGGACCAAUGGAGAUCCUUCCUCUCAACAAUCUGAUGGCCAGUAAGAUUUGGACCCCUGACACAUUCUUUCAUAAUGGCAAGAAAUCUGUGGCCCACAACAUGACCAUGCCCAACAAACUUCUGAGGAUCAUGGAGAAUGGAACGCUGCUCUACACUAUGAGGUUAACAGUUCAAGCUGAGUGUCCCAUGCAUCUGGAGGACUUCCCCAUGGACUCACAUUCAUGUCCUCUUAAGUUUGGCAGCUAUGCCUACACAAAGACAGAGGUAACUUACAUCUGGACAAGAAAUGCCUCCCAGUCAGUAGAUGUAGCAGAUGAUGGGUCGAGGCUCAACCAGUAUGACUUGGUUGGACAGACUGUUGGAAAGGAGACCAUUAAAUCCAGCACUGGUGAAUACACAGUGAUGACGGCUCAUUUUCACUUAAAGAGGAAGAUUGGAUACUUUGUGAUCCAGACGUAUUUGCCCUGCAUCAUGACAGUUAUCCUAUCCCAGGUUUCCUUCUGGCUCAACCGGGAAUCAGUGCCUGCUAGAACUGUGUUUGGAGUAACCACAGUUCUCACAAUGACGACCCUGAGUAUUAGUGCCCGUAACUCUCUGCCAAAGGUGGCCUACGCUACUGCCAUGGACUGGUUCAUUGCAGUCUGCUAUGCAUUUGUCUUUUCUGCUCUCAUUGAGUUUGCCACUGUUAACUACUUCACCAAGCGAGGCUGGGCUUGGGAUGGAAAAAGUAUUGUCAAUGACAAGGAAGCGACUGUCAAGAAGGAGAAGAACACCUACGCUGUAGCUGUGGCAAACUACAAGCCCAACAUCACUAAAGACUCAACGCUGCCCACCAUCUCCAAGUGCACUCUGAACGAGCCCAACAAGAUGAAGCCCGAGCAGAACAAGAAAACCUUCAACAGCGUCAGCAUAAUCGACCGCAUCUCCCGUAUUAUGUUCCCUGUGUUGUUUGGCACCUUCAACCUAGUCUAUUGGGCCACUUACCUGAAUAGAGAAAAAGUAAUCAAAGACCUGGAUCCAUCUAAAUGAACAGCAAGGGCCCAGCACAACAACACGUCACACAUUCAGGACAACAACGCUUAAUUACAGCUGCUUUGGUUACAUAAAUCUACCUUCUCUCAUUACUGGACACAGUUUUCGGCCAGUAUAGAUACACAUUUCUAAAUAAGUUUAGAGAGAAUCACAGAGAAUUUUCAUUAAAUCUUUUUUAAAGAUAUAUUAUGAUGUAAUCAUAUGAAAUACAGCAUAAACCAGGAUAACUGAAAUGCUGCAGGGUAUAGUGCUCUGCAGUUCCCCUCAGGUUCAAAGAGGCGUUUUCUCUUCACCUUUACUAAGUUUACAAAAGCUCUUAGAAAAAUGGCUGUCCACAAUCUGCUUGGAACCAAUCAGCAGAAAGAUGAGGUAAUCAGAUGUUUAUGAUAUCAGGUGAGCUGCGCAGUUUAUGGGAAUGAGCAUUCCAAGAAAAAGUACUACAAUAAUCACAAAUAGCUGAUAAUUUUUUCAAAUAAUGUGUAAACACACUCAGACAAUAUAUAUUGAUAUAAAGUUUAGCCCAAAUAUUUACAUACAUUUUAUGAAAUGAAGCUGCAUGGUGGCACAGUUGUUAACACUAUAACACAGGUUUUGAUGCCCAGUCUCAGUUUUUUUUUUAUGCAUGGAGUUUGCAUGUUCUCCCUGUGCAUGGAUGGGUUCUCCCCGGGUACUCCAGAUUCCCCGCACAUUCCAAAAACAUGACUUUUUGGUGAAUUGGUUACUCUAAAUAGCCUCUAUAAAUGUAUAUGUCUGUGUGUUAUUUGUCCUGUUCGUCUCUGUGUUGCCCUGUGAUGGACUGGUGACUUUUUCCAGGGUGUACUCCCCCCAGGCUAUCAAUCCAGCUUGAUGACUGCUGGAGGUAGGCACCCCCAGAUCCUGCAAGGAUAGGUGGGUACAGAUAAUUGAUAGAUGUGAUAAAUGACAUAUAAUAAUUUUUUCUCACUGUCUCACAUUAACACCAAAUUUUCUUGUUUUUGAUCAGUUUAGAUAUAUAGCACCAACAUAGCACCAGUUCUAUAAUGUUGAUUCACAACAUAUGCCAUGUCAAAGCACUUUACAAAAUAGACAAAUCCCAUUGAUUGACAGAAAUAUAAAGUCAAAUCACUCCAUCACAUAGACAGAUUUAAAGUUAACUACAAUAACUGUUUGAUCCUACAAAAACAAAGCAGUAAAGUUCAGUUUAUUAGGUCAAUUGGUAAAACAUUUUCUAUGAAAGGAAACCUAGGCAAUUGCUUCAAGUUGUUAACUUUGCAGAAAUCACUCAUACAUGUGGGGAAAAUGGAAAGGAAAACUCCCUCAUGUACACCCUGAGAGCAUGGGGUCAAGGCAUCCUAAGCUUCUGAUUUCUUAAUGUAAAACAUUUGAAUUAAACAGAAAAACACAUGAGGAUGUGUGUCAAGGCAACAUCUCAAACACAGUGUCAAAAUAAAUUAGCCAAGAUUUAGUUUGGCAGAUUUAUUUUUGCCAACAUAAAUCAGUCGAGAUAUUAGUAAGAGAGUAUUUACUAAUAUCUUGUAAGUACAUUAGUAAGCCAAGAUAUUAAUAAGAGAACUGUGGAUGUUCCUAAGUUUGGUCCUUCCAUGGGUACAAUUUUGAGAUUCUUGAAGAUGUCAUGUUGUAGAAAACAGAUUGAAACAAUUAUGUAAGUAUAAACACCAUGGAUGUCCAGCCAUUAUGCUGUUCCCAGAGGAAAACAUAUUGUGGUGCUAAAUGUUUGAAUCAAACGUAGAACACAUUUUGUAAAUAUGGUGACUAAAGUAGCUAAUAGUGGUUUUUCCACAAUGAAACUCAUCUUUUACUCCAUGGGCUGCGAGGCUACUCAGAGAGGAAGAAGUCAAAACUCAAAAAGCAAAAUAAAAAAGUUCACAGUGUGCAAAUACACUCAGGGACAAAAAUCUUAAUUAGUGGAGAUGUGCUUUUGUCUGAUGAACACUAAAUGGAAAGAUGCCCAAUGAUUAAAAUGUCGAUUAUUACAUUUGGAAGAAACGAGGGAAUAGAAGGGGAGGAAAAUAGCAUUAUGUGGGAAUAUUGAUUCAAAAUCUCAAAACAUCAGUCAGGAAGUUAAGGUUUGGGUGCAAAUGGGCCUGACAACGAAGCAAUGACUGAGUCAUGUUGCCAAAUUAAUCAUAAAGUGUCUUAAGUAGAUAAAGUUACUGAUUUGGAGUGUUCAUUACAAAGCCUUGAUUUCAACCACUUAGAAGAUUCUAAGUGGUUGAAAAGGUGUGUAUGAACAAAGUGGGUUACAAACUUGGCUCAGUUACAUUGGUUCUGUCAUGAAGAAUUACAACACAAUAUCAUGAGAAACAUUUUUACAUAGUUAGGUUUAAAAGAAGGUAAUUAUAACAAAUAGAAAAAUAUAAAUUCCCUCUUUAAACUAUCUUACUUGUAAUUCAAAAAUCUUACAAAUAAAAAUGAUUUUGCUUUUCCCUAACUGACCUGAAAUAAGAACUUUAGUCAGAUUUUAUAUCAGUGAGAACAAAAUGUUAUGUUUUUAUUCAGUGAUUUUAAGUAUCUGGUUACAACUGUAAUUUGGUCCAGAACCGCCGCCUGGUGGAAAUGUUGCUAUCAGUGUUUUUUUAGGAGGUGGCAGUGGACUAAAGAGAUUCCCUUUAAAAUGAUGUUUAUAAAUAAAACGCACACAUAUCAAACUUUAACAACUAGUUGAACACUUGCACAUCAAUACCUUACAGGACAGAAGAGUUUUUCUCAUCCAUUGUAGUUGUGACUAUACUGAAAAUUUAACAACAAUAAUAGGCCUUAUAAACCUUAGUAAUAAGUACUAAAUAAAAGUGAUACUUUGAGAACUGUAAAAAGAGAAAUCAAAGGGUUUACAUAUUGUAUAAGUAAUCCAACAAAGUUUUUAUUCAACAUCAGACUUAAAUAUAUUAGGUUUUCACUUCUGCUGACACUUUCAGAUGAAGUGUGGUAGAAAUAGGUUUGGAGACUUCACUGUGUUACAGUUUGUACAGCUGUUUGAUGUAGCAAAGCAGUUGAAACCAGCUUACAAACCAUCUGUUCGCUUAUGGCUAGCUAAUACCUGCAACUCAGUUGAAACGUAAAGAUAUCAUAGAUUCAAAUGCAGUCUGGAUGAAUUUUAUAUGUUGGUAAUGAAGAAUGAUGUUUUCUCUACAUAUGGAGGUUACCUCUGUAAGCGUGAAGGUCCAUAUAUCUUUGUUUCUUGUUAACAAGUGGUGAACGGAAAGUAAAUCAGAGUGAUUGGUUAAUUGUGGCUUAAUCUGUAGUAGUAACAGUAUUGUUCCAUUUCAUUCCCAACCUCCUAUGAUCUUUACCCCCAAAAUUUAACAUUUUCCAGAAUGUCCGUUUAACAGAGAACCCUGAAAUGGAACCUGAACUUUCUGGAGGGACUGAAUGUCCUUUCUAACCUGGGAACACUUUAGGAUCCCCAUGAAAAGGUCCAGGAAUAAGCUAAGGGAACUCUAAAUUCAAAAAGGGGGAUUAAUUUGCGAUAUCCAACAGAGAUUUGACAAGGAAGCAAGUUCUUUCAAGUGAAAGUCAUUACGGGGAAACAGAGUACUUGACAUCUUGUGCUUUAAGAAACAAUGGUCAAAGGUAGCAUGAUUGCCUCUGGAAAAACUGCUCAGAGUCUACAAGCCAACAGUUACUUUGAAGAUGUAGAAAUCACUGGUACUAAUGUGUUUUAAGCCCUGAUUUAUUUUCUAAAUACUGCUCAGGCAAUUUGAGCAUGUGCCUUAAUCAACCAGCAAAUGAGUGCUUAAUGAAAUUCUCGGCUGUCUGGCAGUGGAUUUUAAAUUUUGACUUCAUGUUUUGUUGCAUUCAAUGUCUGGUAUAAUGCAUAUCCAAGUAUUUUACUUUAAUUUAAUAAUUGAUGUUAAGUCCUCGUUUCCAUUUACGUAAGACAAGAAAAGAACCUUGUUGUGGGUGCAAGACAGUGUCCUUAACAGUUAGGCAGAUUCCAAAGCUGGUUAAGGAUUUUUAUGUGACAUCACUUCUCCCAGUGAUGUUUAUAUUGCCAUUUUGGAUGUCAGCAUGCCAACAUAAAAAGGGUAAGACCAUCAAGAAUGUUUCUUAGUUUUAAGUGAGACAGGACAAUGUGUUACUGUGAUGCCAAUAUUGAAUUAUAGAGAAGAUCCAUCUUCAGUUUUCACUGCCAAACAGAAAGAUGCUAAAGAGGAGGAGUACUUAUGAAGUUGCCAGAGUUUAGUAAUCCCAAUACCUCAUCACCAUGUCAGGUAUUUUUGCUUGGUAAAAUAAGCUAAAUUACCCAGCCUGCAGGAUAGACCAAAGCUGAGAAUAGGCCUAACUGAAGCAUUACAAACACUUUACCUUCACUAAUUGUCUUUUUGACAGUUUGGCAGUGCUGUUCUUGUAAUCCAGAAAUCUGAUUCAACCAUCUAACUCUUGGCAGCAAAUAAACAAUGUCUACAAAAUAGUCAUCUUUUCUAUCUGAAUUAGAUUGUUUUACAGCAGCACAGCUAGUGUCUGUCCCAAUAUUUUAUUUCACUGCUGUGGUUAUCAGAUCAAUAUUUAUAGUGAAGGUAGAUAGUUUAUGUUAUGUAACAAGUUCUGCAGUUCUGCAAAAAAGCAUUUCCCCCUUUACAGAUUUUUUGUUUUUGUUUCUUCUCACACUUUCAUAUUUCCAAUUAUAAGACUGAUUUUCAAAUGGAAAACAGUUUUCAACCAACAAUGUUAAAAACAGCAUUUAGGAACACAGUUAUCUAAGCUGAACCCCCAUGUUACAGGGGCUAUUUUCAAAGAAGAGUGUUAUAAUUUCUGCACAGUGAUGUAAAAAUAAUUGCCAAUUGCUGUAAAUGUUACCAGUGACAGAAUCACUAGGUAGAUUCAAACAAUCAUAGAACCUGGCUUAAAAAGGCACACAGUUUAAAUCUAUAAGAGGGUAAAUACUUUUUGACAACACAGUAUAUCAUGUGACAUAAGCUGUGCUACUUAUAGAUGUGAUAACCAAUGAAAUAAGAUUGAAUAUUUUGUUGUGUUGCUGUAAGAUGUUCUAAUCUCUCAGGAAAGAAAAAAAAUAUAUGUGGAAAAUAUGUUUUUCACAGUAUUUCCCAAUGGCACAGCUGCAGAUCCUCUGUCUGCGCUUGUGGCUUUUGUAUUUUGAUGUAUCUGUUAACACUUGCAGGGAUGACAUGGACCCAGUUUUUCUAGAUGUAACGAUCUAGUUUUUUCUCCAACAUCUAUGCUGUAGUUAUCAGUCUAGUGUUAAUAGAAGUUUGAGUUUACUCUUGUCACCUCCUUACUUUCUAUGAAGAAAACAAUGAUGUCAUGCGACAAAUGCCAUAAUAACAAACCAAGCUUUGAAAUUUCUUCACCACACCAACAAUAUGUUCAUUUGGUAAUUUUUGCUCUUCUCUCUGCUUCAACUGUUGCAAAUCAAUGUGUGCUAUCUUAGUUGUUUAGUUUUGUAUAAUGUAUACUUUUUCAUGAGGCAGCAGAAAGUGAAAAGUGUAGUAAAAAUCAAUAAGAUGUUGGCUCAUUGAGUCACAGUAAUGUAGCCCUGGAUUACCAAUUUUGUUUUGGUAAUUCUUUUAAGACCUCACUGCUCAGCCUGUAGCUUUUUCAAAGCGCAUGCUAUCCAUCUUUCCUUCCCUAGUUUUAAGUUGCAUACUACGAAAGAUUGUUCUGAUUGGAUGCACGUGUUCGUUUCUAUGAAAUUUGUACUUGCUGUCUUGAUGUUUGUCUUUGUGGUGUCAUUGUUUUUGUUUAUUGACAUUAUUCUAUAAAAAAUGUAGCACUUAGAAGGACUUACUCUCCUAUACAUUCCCUUCAACAAAAGAACACUGUGUUAGCACUAAAAUAUAUUGAAUACUAUGUAUGUGUAAAACUGCAAUCCUUUUAAAUUACAUUUCGUUGAAAGCAAUUUUUGUGCAUUUAUUAUAUGUGUAGCUAUUUGAACACUGUGCUUUUGAGAUACUUUACAAUUUAUUGGUAUUUUAGAGGAGUGAAGAUAUUUUGUUUAUGCUUGAAACUUCUGUGUAUGAUUACCAAAAUAGGAGUCUUUUUUGUGCUGUUGUAUUUUCAAAGAAGACUAAAUAUUUCUGUAAUAAAGAUGAUGCAAAUAA